AUGUGGAAGGAGCAGCAAUCCGUAAACGACUGGCCCAGCGCAGAGCAACUGGCUAGCUUCUGGUGGCACUUGAAAGGUGAGCUUGGAUUCAGGACUCUUCUGUACUAUCAAUCAAAAAAAUGUCGUUGCUCGAUUGAAAAUCUAUUGGAUGAGAGAAACCUGACGACUACCACUUUGGUAUGGAACAACGCGUCGAAUGCACCAUAUCUAAGGUUGAAGCAGAAUGUUGAUAUUCUGGGAUUGGUUUGCUUGGACUCUGAUUUAUUUGAACCCGUAUUGAUUGCGCUUAGUACAAUGCUGAACCAUAUGAGGGAGGUGCCCCUGCUGCUGCAGAUAUGCACUAAGGAUCCGGAUAAAACAAGUAUAUUGGAAUUAGGCCCCCAGAUUCUUAAGCGUUGCAAGGAUCUGCUAAUGCCGAAUGUUCUGUUGCUAUUGAAUGAUUUCUUCACCUCUUCACCUGGUAUGAUUUAUGCGUAUCAAAUGUUUCCCACAUUCCGGCUGCUGUCGCAGGUAUACCAUGCCGGCUUGCAGCUAUAUCCCUACAAACUGGCUAACCUACAGGGCCAGGUAAUUAGGACACGGACAGAUCUAACGCAGCCCUAUUUACUUGUUUACAAAGAUCGCAACGGAAAAUUAAUAACUACCGGUGUGCUCUGGCAUUUUAUGAAGGCGUUUGCACGUUACUUGAACGCCACUCUUGAGUUGAGCUAUGAUUCCAAUUCGAGCAGGUCUGUACGGGACAGCUACUUUAAAUUACUGCCGCAUAUCCAAAAUGGAACAACUGACGUCACCACCAGCCUUUUCCCAGUUACCUAUUCUUCGAGUAGAGACCUCAACAUUUUCAGCUCCCCAGUUAUCAUCAACAGCUGGUGCACCAUGUUGCCAGUGGAGCGUGUGGUCAGUCCGCGUGAGGCUAUGACCGGAGUGUUGGAGUCGCCCUGGAUGUGGCUAUAUCUUGGUAUCGUCUAUUGGUUAAUUCGCCACCUUUAUGAGCGCCGUAUGCCUGGAAGGCCGAUCUUGAUACUGCUCCCUUCAUUGAUUCAACUGACUCUCCUCUGCGCCGUGGUGGCGCAACUAUCUGCACUGUUUAUUCGUCCGCAGAAACUUCGAAUGAUUUCCAAUUUGGAGCAGUUGAACGCAUCCGGAUUAAAGAUUAUCGGAGCACGUGCUGAAUUCAAACAGUAUCCUGACGAUAUGAGAAUCAAAUACCUUCGGGAACUCACUGACCAUUCGGAGCUAUGA